UUGUAGUUUUCGGCGGAGGACCGUCUCUCUCUCUCUCUCUCUCUCUCUCUCUCUCUCUCACCUAGCUCGAUCUGCCCAACCAAAGCGUAGAAGAAAGAGGCAAACUCCCUGGCUAUCUUCUCCGUCAUUCUUUCUUGCUUGUCGAAGCACCGUAGAGAUGAAAGAGAGUAUCAAGAGUGAUAGUAAAGUUUCGAAAUCUCCAUCAGUUGGCUCCCUCCCAUUGAUUCUGGAUAUAGAUGACUUCAAGGGUGAGUUUUCAUUUGAUGCAUUAUUUGGAAACUUGGUAAAUGAAUUACUUCCAUCUUUCCAAGAAGAAGAAGCGGAUUCGGCAGAAGGGCAUGGGAACAUUGUUGGGAGUGAUAUGUUAGCAAAUGGGCAUGUAAGAGCCCCUUUUGAUGCAGCAACACUUACACAAGGGCUGUCCCCUUUAUUUCCAGAAGUAGAUGCUCUCUUGUCUCUUUUCAGGGAUUCUUGCAGAGAGUUAAUUGAUCUUCGAAAACAGAUCGAUGGAAAGCUCUCCAAUCUAAGGAAAGAUGUUACUGCUCAAGAUUCUAAGCACCGCAAAACACUGGCUGAGUUGGAAAAAGGUGUAGAUGGAUUGUUUGAUAGCUUUGCAAGGUUGGACUCACGCAUUUCAAGUGUUGGACAGACUGCUGCAAAAAUAGGAGAUCAUUUGCAAAGUGCAGAUGCUCAGAGGGAAACUGCCAGCCAAACAAUAGAGCUCGUUAAGUACCUGAUGGAGUUUAAUGGUAGUCCAGGCGAUUUAAUGGAACUUUCGCCUUUGUUUUCAGAUGACAGCCGUGUUGCUGAGGCUGCUUCAAUUGCACAGAAAUUACGUUCCUUUGCUGAGGAAGAUAUGGGAAGACAAGGCAUAUCUGUUCCAUCAGUUAUGGGAAAUGCAACUGCUAGCAGAGGACUAGAAGUUGCAGUUGCUAAUCUUCAGGAUUACUGCAAUGAACUGGAGAACAGAUUGUUGGCUCGGUUUGACGCAGCAUCGCAGAGAAGAGAGUUGUCUACCAUGGCAGAAUGUGCUAAAAUUUUAUCUCAGUUUAAUAGGGGCACCAGUGCCAUGCAACAUUAUGUAGCAACACGUCCAAUGUUCAUUGAUGUAGAAAUCAUGAAUGCAGACACCAGAUUGGUUCUUGGUGAUCAGGUUUCUCAAGCUAGUCCCAGUGAUGUUGCUCGUGGGCUUUCUUCAUUGUACAAAGAAAUUACAGAUACUGUUCGUAAAGAGGCAGCCACAAUCAUGGCAGUAUUUCCUUCUUCUAAUGAUGUCAUGUCAAUUUUAGUGCAGCGAGUCUUGGAGCAGCGAGUUACAGCUAUUUUGGACAAAUUGUUAGCCAAACCAUCUCUUGUAAAUUUGCCUCCCAUGGCAGAAGGCGGACUAUUGCUUCAGUAUCUCAGAAUGCUAGCAGUGGCAUAUGAGAAGACUCAGGAACUUGCUAGAGAUCUACGAGCUGUGGGAUGUGGUGACUUGGAUGUUGAGGGCCUCACAGAAUCUCUCUUUUCUUCUCACAAGGAUGAAUAUCCUGAACAUGAGCAGGCCUCUCUUAGACAGUUAUAUCAAGCAAAGGUGGAAGAAUUGCAUGCUGAGAGCCAGCAGCUUUCUGAGUCAACUGGAACAAUUGGACGAUCAAAGGGAGCUUCUGUAGCAUCUUCCCACCAGCAGAUAUCUGUUACUGUUGUGACAGAAUUUGUGCAUUGGAAUGAAGAAGCAAUAUCAAGAUGCACUCUGUUUUCAUCUCAACCUACUAACCUUGCAGCCAAUGUGCAAGCGGUGUUCACUUGCUUGCUAGACCAAGUUGGGCAAUAUCUAACAGAAGGUCUUGAAAGGGCUAGAGACAGUCUGACUGAAGCUGCAGCUUUGAGGGAAAGGUUUGUUCUGGGCACGAUUGUUACUAGAAGGGUGGCCACUGCUGCUGCUUCUGCUGCAGAAGCUGCAGCUGCAGCUGGUGAGAGCAGUUUCAGAUCUUUCAUGGUUUCUGUACAACGUUGUGGCAGUAGUGUGGCUAUAGUUCAGCAAUAUUUUGCAAAUUCUAUAUCUCGCCUUUUACUGCCUGUGGAUGGUGCUCAUGCGGCUUCAUGUGAAGAAAUGGCAACAGCUAUGUCCAGUGCCGAGGCUGCUGCUUAUAAAGGGCUUCAGCAAUGCAUUGAAACUGUAAUGGCUGAGGUAGAGCGAUUGCUAUCAGCUGAACAAAAGACAAUAGACUAUCGAUCACCAGAUGAUGGAAUUGCUCCUGAUCAUCGUUCGACGAAUGCUUGCACAAGAGUUGUGGCAUACCUUUCUCAUGUGCUUGAGGCUGCAUUCACUGCAUUAGAAGGUCUUAACAAGCAAGCAUUCCUGACUGAAUUGGGAAAUCGCUUCCAUAAAGGACUGCUUAAUCAUUGGCAGAAAUUCACUUUUAACCCCAGUGGAGGACUGAGGCUGAAACGUGACAUAACUGAGUAUGGAGAAUUUGUGCGGAGUUUCAAUGCUCCUUCGAUUGAUGAGAAAUUUGAAUUGUUGGGCAUAGUGGCAAAUGUAUUUAUUGUGGCUCCUGAAAGCCUCUCCGCUUUGUUUGAGGGCACUCCCAGCAUCCGUAAAGAAGCACAGAGAUUUAUUCAGCUUAGAGAAGACUACAAGAGUGCAAAACUUGCAUCCAAGCUUAGCUCCUUGUGGACAAGUUCUAGUUGAUAAAGAAACGGCAAGCUGACAUAUAUGUAACUUCCCUUAUUCUUUGGAUUUCUUACAUCAGAGCAUUGAUAUAUAUUGCCUCAAGCGGUUCCAAUGGUGUGGGAACUGUAAGUUUGAUUGUUUUGUUAGCUAUAAGACCAUGGUAAAGAGCUGGUUGCAAAUCAAGUGUUUUCCUAUGCCAUUGAACCAUCUAUGGACAGGAAAUCAAGUACAUAAGAGUUCCUUUUUCUUCUUUCUUCCUUCCAAAUUUCUUUUUAUCAUUUUUUAUUGUAUAUUUUUGAAGCUUUUGAUGUCAAGAUGAGAUAGAUUUGUGUCUUUAAUGCUCUAUUUUAGAUGUUAGGUUUGUUAUGAUUUGACCAUUCCAAGAAAGAAUCUGUUGCCUUUGUAUCCUUGUAAAUGGUGCUCUUAGGGAUGAAUAACAUGAUAGGGAUGAUUUUAUUGAA